UAUGAUUUUUUCCUUUUUAACAAUUAUGUCAUGAGGAUUUUCCUUUCAUUUAUCUGGUCUAAAGAAAAAAGAAAAAGACCAAUACCAUCGUAUGAUUUUUUCCGUUUUAAUGUCAUGAGGGCUUUCCUCUCGUUUAUCUGAUCUAAAGAAAUAGAGAGCGAAGGAAGAGAAACUCAGAGCUCUGGAUCACCAUGAUGACAUUUCAGAAAACAGAGUAAUGAGUUAUGAGCAGGGCCAAACCUUCCUUCCUCAACCCUGCCACCAAAUCAUACAACGCCAUCAUCAACCGUCUCUCUACUGCAGGCGCCUUCUGCGACGUUCUUCUCACCUACUCCUCUAUGCUUAGCACCGACACCCCUCCAGACGCCCACACAUUCCCCAGUCUCGUCAAGGCUUGCACCUCUCUCGACCUCUUCUCGCACGGUCUUUCCUUCCAUCAACGCGUCAUCGUUGAUGGGUACUCCUCGGAUUCCUACAUUGCCACUUCUCUUAUCAACUUUUAUUCCAAAUUUGGGCAUAACCAAAGUGCUCGCAAGGUGUUCGACACAAUGGAUGACAGAAAUGUUGUACCCUGGACUACCAUGAUCGGCUGCUACACCCGUGCAGGUGAGCACGAUGUGGCGUUUUCCAUGUAUAAUAUAAUGCGGCGGCAAGGAAUUCAACCCAGUUCAGUUACUAUGUUGGGCUUGCUUUCUGGGGUUUUGGAGCUCGUUCAUCUGCAGUGCUUACAUGCUUGUGUAAUUCAAUACGGUUUUGGGUCUGAUGUAGCUUUGGCGAAUUCUAUGUUGAAUGUGUAUUGUAAAUGUGGAAGAGUCGAGGAUGCUCAGGCUUUGUUUGAAUUGAUGGAUGCAAGAGAUGUGAUUUCGUGGAAUUCCUUGGUUUCUGGUUAUGCCCAGCUUGGGAACAUUAGAGAAGUAUUGCAGCUUUUGAUCAGAAUGAAGACUGACGGCAUUGAACCUGACCAGCAGACGUUUGGGUCUUUGGUGUCUGCAGCUGCAAUGCAGAGUAAGCUUGGGGUGGGAAAGAUGGUUCAUGGGCACAUCUUGAGAGCUGGGUUAGAACAGGAUUCACAUAUUGAAACAUCACUGAUAGGUAUGUACUUGAAAUGUGGAAAUGUUAAUUCUGCAUUUCGAAUAUUUGAAGGGAUGAUGCAUAAGGAUGUGAUUUCAUGGACUGCCAUGAUAUCGGGUCUGGUUCAGAACGAUUGUGCAGACAUGGCAGUCACAGUUUUCCGGAGGAUGUUAAAAUCAAGAGUGAUGCCAUCUACCGCAACCAUAGCCAGUGUUCUUGCAGCUUGUGCAGAGUUGGGAUCUUUUCCUCUGGGGACCUCAGUUCAUGGCUACAUAUUAAGACAAAGAAUAAAACUAGACAUUCCUUCUCAAAACUCUCUUGUUACCAUGUAUGCAAAGUGUGGCCAUUUGGAGCAGAGUUGCUCUGUUUUUGACAGGAUGAGCAGAAGAGACAUAGUUUCCUGGAACGCGAUCGUUUCAGGUCAUGCACAGAAUGGCCAUUUAUGUAAAGCACUGCUCCUCUUCAAUGAAAUGAGGAAAGCACGUCAAAGACCUGAUUCAAUUACCGUUGUUUCCCUUCUCCAAGCUUGUGCUUCCAUUGGAGCCCUCCAUCAGGGGAAGUGGAUCCACAACUUUGUGACCAAAAGCUGCCUUGGACCCUGCAUCUUGAUUGACACAGCCCUGGUUGACAUGUACUCUAAAUGUGGCGACUUGGGUUCUGCUCAGAAGUGUUUUGACAGAAUGCCGCAGCAGGAUCUGGUCUCUUGGAGCUCAAUCAUCGCGGGUUAUGGUAGUCAUGGAAAAGGAGAGACUGCAUUGAGGAUGUACUCUGACUUUUUGCAUACUGGGAUCCAACCAAACCAUGUGAUUUACCUCUCAAUUCUCUCUGCUUGCAGUCACAACGGUCUCGUCGACCAGGGACUGAGCUUCUUCCAUUCUAUGACAAAGGACUUCGGGAUCGAACCAAGACUUGAGCACCGUGCCUGCAUCGUGGAUCUCCUCAGUCGAGCUGGGAGGGUAGAAGAGGCUUAUAGCUUCUACAAGAGGAUGUUCCCAAAACCCUCCAUGGAUGUUUUAGGCAUACUCCUUGAUGCUUGCAGGACCACUGGCAAUGUAGAACUAGGGGACAUUGUUGCUAGAGAAAUUGUCAUAUUGAAGCCUGCAAAUGCUGGGAACUAUGUCCAACUGGCCCACAGCUAUGCUUCAAUGAAGAGAUGGGAUGGUGUGGGUGAGGUGUGGACCCAAAUGAAGUCCCUUCACUUGAAAAAACUGCCUGGGUGGAGUUUCAUUGAACUGCAUGGGACCAUUACAACAUUUUUCACAGACCACAGUUCACAUCCACAAUUCGAAGAAAUCAUGUUGGUUUUGAAAAUUUUGGGCAGUGAAAUGAGGAAAGUGGGCAUUCAUGAUUGAACGGAUCUGAGAAGAGGGUUCCCCUAACACAUCCACAGACAUUUUUCUAAUUUUCACUUUUUUUUUCUUCUUUUCAUUUUCCUCUUCUUAAAUAACUGAAAAUGCACGCUUCCACGUGUCACUCAAAGACAAUACCUCGUAUUCUAAAGCGCAACCGUCAAUGGACCCACGCGGAUCGUGCCCAAUAAGUUAAAGGUCCAAACUCAUUCACUUUUCCAAAACGACACUGUUUGUAUGUCUCAAAAGUGAGAAAAUGCUGUACUCCAUUUUCCUCUGCAACACAUUCCUCAUUUCUGAGCAGAGAUCGUGUACUUCUCCUCAACAAACGACGUCGUUUCAACAUCUCAAUGAAUCCGUCGCAGAGGUUGUUGAAGGUGGCUAUGACGGUGCUGGGGCUGUGCUUGGCAGCCUACAUAGUGGCGCCGCCGCUCUAUUGGCACAUCACGGAGGGCGUCGCCGCCGUAAGCCGCGACUCCUUCUCUUGCCCUCCUUGCCUUUGCGAUUGCUCUUCCCACCCUCUUCUCUCCAUCCCAGAAGGAUUGAGCAACAAUUCUUUUACAGGUUAGUGUUUCUUUCAAAAAUUGCAUGUAAAGGGGAGACAGAAAUGUGCUUGUUCUACAUACUUGACCUGAAGUUUUUGUUUGAAAAAUGGUAGGUAUCCUGAAGUGCUUCUCCAAACUGCUUCUCAAAGAUAUACAUGCCUUUUUUUCUCUUUCUUUUAUGGUAAAAUGAAGGGCAUAUGUGGUGUGCUUUAUCCAAGAAGCAGUUUGAACUGAUCAGAAAAUUAACCAGCUUUAGUUUGAUAAUGCACUUCUCAAUUGGAAUGGCUGAUAUCAAUUGAACUCAAAUGGUUUAUGUUAGGGUUGUGUAUAUUGUCUUAGUACAGUAAAUUAUUUUUCAAUUUUACAUUGCCUUUACUACUCUUUUUUGUUGAAUUUACUCUGCAUUUGCUUCUGGUCAAAACCAAUUGGGUCCAACACAUAUCUGAAGUAAAAGCCAACAGCUACUCCUACUAAGUGUUGUGUUAACAGUCUGUAAUAUCUAGAUCUAAUAGCUAUCAAAACCUUUUAGUUUUUUUGAUGUGGGAUAAGUAAGUUUUGAAGCUUAAAAUGAAAUUUGAAAUUGAGUGUAUGGAUUUAAACUUCAUUAGAAGUUUCCUACGGUUUUCAUAUUCUGUGGCACAUAUAUAGUGCUUGUUGUUUCUUCCUAAUAUGUGUGUGUGGCGUCGAACUUUUAAUGUUUGGUAUCUUACUGCUGCAGUUCUCAGCAUCAAACGUAAAAAUUCUGGCAUGCUUACUUGCACAAUAUUGACCAUUGAGUCAAGUUCAUUUUUCAGUAGCAUCACAUGGCUGCAAAUGGCUUGGCAUCUGGAUAGCAUUAGCAUGGGUCCAUGUCCAAUGUUUUUAACUGAUAACUCACUCAUCACUUAUGAUAGCAAUGGCAAGAGCUCAUGCCAGUAUUGGACACAUAGACAAGUUGACCUAACACAAUAACUUGAAAGAAACUAUGAUGCCCUGUAAGCAUAGGCAUGCUGAUUUCUCCCCCUUUUUUAUGAGCAUUGGCACAAUGAAAUAGGCAUAAGUUGUUAUCACACAGUCAACUAUCAAUUCAUUCUUUCAGCAAAACAAUGUAUUGUGUAUCAAAUAGUGUUAUUAGUUUUGUCAGCUCCAAGAUAUCCAUUUUUGUGCUGUUAUUUUAUUUAUUAGAAUUCUUUUUUAUUUAAAAAUUAGUAUCUUUUUAUUUUCCUCCUGAUGGCAUGCUGGUAUUUGGUACUUCGGAAUUCUAAAUUGUGCUUUCUCGGGUAAAUACAGUUUCAGCUCUAAGGAACCCAUUUUUGUGCUGUUCUUUUCUCUCAUUCUAGGUUUUUCUUUAAAAUUAGGACUGGUAUUUUUCAUUUCCUCCUUCAUCUGCACUAAGGGACCAUUUUUUUGUGCAUUUGGUUUCUUUAUUGGGACAAAUUUUUUUAAUGUAAAAAACUAAUAUUUUUCAUCUCCUUCUCCUCUUCCCCCUUCUAUUGGGCUUUUCUGCUUCCUGAUUGAUGACAUGCUGGUUUUUUUAGUGUGGCAUUCUUUUUGUUCAUUUCUUGUAUCUUUUUCAGAUUGUAUGAAGCAUGACCCUGAGGUGAGCGAGGACCUGGAAAGGAGUUUUACAGAUCUGUUGUCCGAAGAACUGAAGCUAAGAGAAGCUGAAGCUCAGGAAAACCAGCAGCGUGCAGACAUGGCACUGUUAGAGGCUAAGAAAAUGGCGUCUCAGUAUCAGAAGGAAGCAGACAAGUGCAACAUGGGUAUGGAAACCUGUGAAGAGGCUCGGGAAAAGGCGGAAGCAACUUUAGACAUCCAGAGGAAGCUCACUGCAAUGUGGGAGUUCAGGGCUCGCCAAAGAGGAUGGAAAGGAGGUCCCAUUAAACCUCGUAGCUAAAUCUUUGGCUGAAGUAAUGCUCACCCACCAUGGUUACCACACACCUUUAGUGCUGACAGGAUCCUCAAAGAGGAGGGAGUUUUUGUAGUACUUUAUUAAUAUGUUCAUUUGUUUGUUUGUCUAUUUAAUUAUUCUUUAAUGUUCCUUUUAAUGAAAUAUAGUUCAAGCUUUCA